AUGGAUUGGGCAGUCAAAUCUGCCAGAAAGAAAACCAGAUUUAUUCAAGGUGGCUCCAGAUCGAUUGUGGAAUCAUUAAACCGCUUCAAUGAGGUAUUGACAGAAGGACAGGACGCGAUCAGCCAAGCAUGCCUUGCUAGCAGUAAGUGGCUCGAUGACGAGUUAUCGAAGAUUGGGCUCACCUCAAGGCCUGGGGCUAUUUCGGAGACAGGAAAAGAGAUUACGGAAGGCAACAAAGUGGCACUGGAAGAGUCCACGCCGCAAAAAUCACAUCCCCAUGAAAGCUGGCAAGCAACGCCAGGAAACACGUCUCAUAAAAUUGAAGCGCAAGGGCUCCCACAGCCUGAGAAGGGAGAUAAUGAGUUUGAAAGAAAGCAUAAGGAUAAUGAGGUUAUUGGCGAUGUCGAUACAAGCUCCAAAGCAUACAGUCGUAGUCUAAAAUCGUCGCCGUGGUCACCGUAUAAGUCCGAAAGAACAACGUUCGCACCGGAUUACGUUCCGCCACAAACGUCCUCCAAAAUUGCAGGCAAUUUUGGUUCCAACGUUCAGAAUAACCCCAGCGCUGAGGAAACCCAUGAAACAAAGAAAGAUCAAUCUCCAACUGGAUCAAAUUCGCCAUCGGCUAACGAAGCACAAACUGCGCCUUCGCCAUUGACCAAGAGGAGAAACAGCGUACUCGGAAGAGACGCUUCAGAGAGAGUAAACUCUCUUAGUACAGGCAAGACCGAACGCUUGCCAUUACGAGAUCGUUCGAAGCGCCGAACUGAUAUGUUCAUUCCAUUACCGGAUAAGGACCCUUUGAUAAUCCGUUCGUCGGUCAAUUCUCAAGUGACAGGUAAAGAUCAGAGUAACUCCGCAAGUAAUGGGCAUGAUAUUGCAACAAAAUCUACUGGCUCUAAUGUAACUAGCCAACACGAUCGACCGCCCGCUAAGACAGCCAAGCCCUCUUACACCAACGUUUUUGACCGGCUUACUUCUACUUCGACAGCUUCAUUCGACAAAAAGGCUUCAAGCAGAAGCCCUACAAGAGAAUUGAAAAGGCAGAAGCUCAUUGGAUUAGCUUACAAGGAAUCCACAGGGUCGCCGAAAGAAAAAAGGUCUCCUAGGGUUGACCAUACUAAUCGAAGUAUACAAGAAACUCUCAAGAACAUAUUUGAUUCUCAGAUACCAAUGUUGGGACAAAUGAAAAAUGCCAACAAUCCUAACGGCCACGGGUUAGCAAGCAGCUCAGAUACUGUAAAAAGAACAUCACUUAUACCGAAGCUGAGCGGAAGGACAGCUGUUUCCCCCGGUACUGUUACUUCCAAUUCAGGACACACAUCUGUUGGUUUCUAUAAAAAUGGCUUAGAAACAUCGCCAACUUUUCAUUCGGGUCGAGGACGAGGACGCGCUCCUAUAGUCGAAAAAUUACAGGAGCGGAACUCUACAGUAUUGGGACUUUUUCGUGAGCUCAGCACAAAUCGAAAGCGAGACUCUAGACGUGAAACUCUGACAAUGGAUAGUCUCGGAAGUGUGCCAUCCCAACGAGAAAAUAAAAGGCCGUCAGAAUAUCACCCAGAGAAGCUUUUGAGUAAAUCAGAAAAACCCCUGGGGAAAAUUCUGCCUCGAGAGCAUAAAGAAACCCGGGAGACUAAGGAAAACACAUCAAAGCAGGCUCAAGAUCGCUUGACUAAGUUUCAACUUCUACCACUCAAUGGAUCUGAAAGGCAAGAUGUUAAGAAGAAGCUUGACAAGAGAUUAUCAGAGGUUAUCCGCAGUCAGAAAGAACAAAAUAAGAGAAGCCAAGAAAAGUUGAAGAGAAAGUCUAACAUAGAGGAAGAUGUCAAGCAACGAAAAUCACGCAUCUUCCAGGACACAGAUCCUUAUAGAGGAGCGAAGAGCUUUUGUGCUGGAGCAGAAGGGACUGACGACCCACAUAACAGACCACGAAAUACGAUGCUCUAUGAUCUGAACACUACAGAUCAUAGACAGCUAAUUAACGGAAAUAUGGAUGCGACAAACACGGAAGCAAAUGCUGGAGACACCACGCUCCCAGAAAUCGAUUCAGAUUCAGAUGCCGAAGACAGGUCCAUUUUAGCACCAUGGGCAAACUCGCCAUACCUUCAAAAACAAUUGCUAGCCCAACAAGAUUGGGAUCCUCAAUUGAUAUUCGGUCCUAUACCCCCUUUGCAUACGGAUGAAGUUUUCCAAAAUUCCAGGCUGUCCAAACUAAAGACCCGGCAAUCCAUUUCUCGACACAACACUGGUGUUUGA